GGCCGGCCGAGGGAGGGGGUAGGCUCCGCUGGGCCCGCGUUGGCAGCGCCCGGGGACGCUCAGGUGCUCCGGGGGUCCGGCUGCGUGGUCCAGCCAGGGUGUCGCUGCAGGGCCGUCCCCAUGUUGCGCUUUCCGACCUGCUUCCCAUCCUUCCGGGUGGUGGGAGAGAAGCAGCUGCCGCAGGAGAUCAUUUUCCUGGUCUGGUCGCCCAAGCGGGACCUCAUUGCUUUGGCCAACACAGCGGGCGAGGUUUUGCUUCACCGACUUGCAAGUUUUCAUCGAGUUUGGAGUUUUCCACCAAAUGAAAAUACAGGAAAGGAAGUGACCUGUCUGGCUUGGAGACCAGAUGGCAAACUUUUGGCCUUUGCUCUUGCUGACACCAAGAAAGUUGUUUUGUGUGAUGUAGAGAAACCUGAGAGCUUGCACUCCUUUUCUGUGGAGGCUCCUGUUUCUUGCAUGCAUUGGAUGGAAGUGACUGUGGAAAGCAGUGUUCUGACAUCUUUUUAUAAUGCUGAAGAUGAGUCAAAUCUUCUGUUACCUAAACUGCCUACAUUGCCAAAAAAUUACAGCAACACCUCAAAAAUAUUUAGUGAAGAAAAUUCCGAUGAGAUUAUUAAGCUCUUGGGAGAUGUCAGGCUUAAUAUUCUUGUCCUUGGAGGAAGCUCUGGAUUUAUUGAACUGUACGCUUAUGGAAUGUUCAAGAUUGCCCGAGUCACAGGGAUUGCCGGCACCUGUCUCGCAUUGUGUUUGUCCAGUGACCUGAAGUCACUGUCAGUGGUCACAGAGGUGUCUGCCGGGGGCGCUGCAGAGGUCUCUUACUUCCAGCUUGAAACCAACCUGUUAUACUCUUUCUUACCUGAAGUAACUCGAAUGGCCAGAAAGUUUACACACAUUUCUGCUCUUUUACAGUAUAUAAAUUUGUCGCUGACGUGUAUGUGUGAGGCAUGGGAAGAAAUCCUCAUGCAGAUGGACUCUCGCCUCACUAAGUUUGUGCAGGAAAAGAACACGACCACAUCAGUGCAGGAUGAAUUCAUGCACCUGCUGCUGUGGGGGAAAGCAAGUGCUGAACUUCAGACCCUCUUAAUGAACCAGUUAACAGUAAAGGGCUUAAAAAAGCUUGGCCAGUCUAUCGAAUCAUCAUAUUCCAGUAUACAAAAGUUGGUUAUAAGUCACUUACAGAGUGGCUCUGAGUCUUUGCUGUACCAUUUGAGUGAAUUGAAAGGAAUGGCUUCGUGGAAACAAAAAUACGAGCCCCUGGGACUGGAUGCCGCAGGCAUCGAAGAUGCUAUUACCGCUGUGGGUUCCUUCAUACUCAAGGCCAAUGAACUUCUUCAAGUUAUCGAUAGUAGUAUGAAAAACUUCAAAGCAUUUUUUCGGUGGCUGUAUGUAGCAAUGCUGAGAAUGACAGAAGACCACGUGCUUCCUGAGCUGAAUAAGGUGAUGACUCAAAAAGAUAUUACGUUUGUUGCUGAAUUUCUUACUGAACAUUUCAAUGAGGCUCCUGACCUUUAUAAUCGCAAAGGAAAAUACUUUAACGUUGAAAAAGUUGGUCAGUACCUGAAAGACGAAGAUGACGAUCUCGUGUCGCCCCCUAACACAGAAGGAAACCAGUGGUAUGACUUCCUUCAGAACAGCAGCCACCUUAAAGAAAGUCCUUUGCUGUUUCCUUAUUACCCUCGAAAAUCAUUGCAUUUUGUGAAAAGGCGGAUGGAGAACAUUAUUGACCAGUGCUUGCAAAAGCCAGCUGACGUAAUUGGAAAAUCCAUGAAUCAAGCCAUCUGCGUCCCAUUAUAUAGAGAUGCUAGGAGUGAGGAUUGUGCUCGUAGAUUGUUCAAAUUCCCUUUUCUGUGGAAUAAUAAAACUUCAAAUCUGCAUUAUCUUCUUUUUACUAUUUUAGAAGAUUCACUUUAUAAAAUGUGCAUCUUAAGGAGACAUACUGAUAUUUCCCAAUCUGUAAGUAAUGGACUGAUUGCUGUUAAGUUUGGGAGCUUUACGUAUGCCACAACUGAAAAAAUCAGGAGAAGCACCUACAGUUGCUUAGAUGCGCAGUUUUAUGAUGAUGAAACUGUUACGGUGGUUCUUAAAGACACAAUGGGACGGGAGGGAAGAGACCGACUCUUGGUCCAGCUGCCAUUGUCUUUAGUAUACGACAGCGAAGAUUCCGCCGAAUACCAGUUCACUGGGAGUUACUCUGUAAGGCUGGACGAGCAGUGCGGCGUCAUCCCCACGCGCGCUGUGCAUUUUGAGAAGCACUGGCGGUUGCUGGAAAGCAUGAAAGCACAGUACGUCGCUGGGAAUGGUUUCCGGAAAGUGUCCUGCGUGUUAAGCUCAAACCUGCGCCACGUGAGAGUGUUUGAAAUGGACAUCGAUGACGAGUGGGAGCUGGAUGAGUCUUCGGACGACGACGAGGAGGCGGGCAGCAAGGCUGUGAAGAUAAAGGAGGAGGUGCUGUCUGAGUCCGAGGCCGAGAGCCAGCAGGCUGGCGCCGCCGCGCUGGCUCCCGACGUCGUCAUCAAAGUGGAGGAGCUGGACCCUGAGCUGGACGCGUAGCGGCCCUGCCGCUGGGGUGGGUGUUGUUACGGCGCCCAGGGCGGAGGAGCAGGGCUUGGACCACUGUGAAUUUUCUUUGUGUAACAAAGAAAUAAACAGUAGAUGUUA